AUGCACAUGGGUCGUGCGCAGGCUAUCUCGCCGGCCGCCUAUGACGCUGCGGUCUUCCAGAUCGGCACUGAUGUGGAGGGCGUAACUGUGUCCUCCCAGUUGGCGGGCUUGUUCUUAGCCGACAAGCUCGACGUCAGUGAUCACUACAACGCUGAUAGCGUGGACUGCACUGUGCUAGCCUCUCUCUUAAAUGCCGCUCCACAGGCUGCCAAACCCGAAUUGGUAGUCUUUGUGCACGGCGUUGCUGCGCCAGCGCAGUUCAUGGAUGCCAGCCACUUUGAGGUGUCGUCUGAUGUGGGAUUCAGCGACUUGGUCAAGCAAACGACCGAGAAGUUCCCUGAAUGGUUGAAGGAUAACAACCAGGUUGUGAAUUUAUCCUCAGAAGUGCAAUUGAUUGCGCCUAGCCCACCUACUGCGUUGGUGCACAAGUUUGAAACCAUCUCGGACGAAAUCGAGGCCCUCUGGCCGGAUUUGAAAGCCCAGUUGGAAGACUUUUUACCGGAAAGCAAGGCUAAUGGCUACAGCGUGCGCUCUGUGGUGAAGCACAUCAGCGACACGCUCUUUGCGGACGAGUUGACCCAGUUGAACAGAAUCCAGAACGCUGUGACCGACCCAUCCACCAAGCUCAUUGUAGACUUGAAAUCCUUGCUUUCGGUGGGUACAAAGACCGGUUUCGGAUCCUUAACCUACUCCGCCUGUCAGCAGAUCAUCGCCCAGGUUAUCUCACAGAAGCUUGGCCAGUUCCUGGUCACCGUUGUCGCAUUGCCUGUGGAGCUUGGCAUCUCCCAACAGAACAAUCAGGGCCAAGAAGCUUUGCUUGCCAAGAGGGAUGCGAAGAAUUUGGUUUCCAGUCCUUUCAUCAAUGCCAACGCUCCAUUCACGAAGAGAGACGCGAAGAACGUGUUUGUGCACACUAAGCGUGACGGCAGAUCCGCCUCCAUGGGCUACUCCACGGAGGAGUCCUGUCAGGUCGCUACCGCCAACUGUAACAACCACGGGAUCUGUACCCAGAUUGGCGCUACUUGGACCUGUGUCUGCGCUCCUAGUUUCAACAGCACCAUCAACAAGACCACCUCUUGGGCCGGUGCCGCGUGCGAGAAAAAGGACGUCUCGGUGGAGUUCAACUUGUUUUUGUGGACCGGCGUGGGAUUUCUUACCUUGUUUGUUGCUGGUGUUAAGAUGUUAGCUACCGUCGGUUCUGAGCCAUUGCCGGGAGUGUUGGAGGCCGCCACCAUCAAGAAAUCUACUUAA